AUGCUGGCGACCGGAGCUGUGAGUAAAGAGCAUCGUUAACUUAUUAAAAUAGUCAUGCUAUGAUUAUGCUGCUUUAAAGGUGGUUAUUUCAAUUUAAUUUACGGUUCUACUUUAUUUAUUUUAAGGGUUUAAUUCAUUUUAAUUUAAGGUUCUAUUUAUUUUAUUUUAAAGUUCUAUUUUAACUCAAUUUAAGGUGUUAUUUUACUCAUUCAAAGGUUUUAUUUGACUAAUUUUAAGGUUUUAUUUGAUUAAUUUUAAGAUUUAUUCCCUCAAGAUUAUAAAGGGAACAGAAAAGAGGAAAUUAUGAGUUAAUUAAAUUAAAUAAUUUAAUGUAGAGAAAGCUCUGUAACAAAUUAAAGGGUUUUUAACAGCUGAAAAUUAAAUAAAAUAAUCACAAAAACAUAAAAAUUAAAGGAUUUAAUUUGUCAGUAGGAGAAUUUCUUAUUUUUAUUAUAUUAAAUGUAAUCUUAUAUUUCAGGUAACUUUUACUUCUCCAAAAACUCAAAAUACUUAAAGAGGAUUUAGCUCAAAUGGACCAAGAUGGCCUUUAGAUAAAUGUAGACCUAAAUGUUUCUUAGAGUCUGGUUAAUGUUUGGUAGAUCUGAUGUCUCUAUAGAAGAGUGAGUGAUUCCAUGAAACUAGUGCCUGUUCAGCCUAGAAAAUUUAAACUAUAUUUAAUUGUUAAUUUUUAAGUACCCAGGAAUCAAAAAAUGUUUAAAAUGGCAGGAAAUGAUAUAGUGCCAUCUCAGGCUGUGUUAUUUCAUAUUUUAUAACCGUUUUUCUCCUGGCUGUUUUCAUAAUCUUGUCAACCCUGUUACCGACAUAAACUUUACAAAAUACAAUAUUUCUAAUUAGAAAUAUGCAAUAUAUGGUACAUAUAUUAGCAGUACUUUAGUCUCUCUUUCCAUUGAGAUUAUUUAAUUUUGUGGAUUUUUUUCACCAAUUAGAUAUUUGUCAUUCAGAUGAUGAAAUAUACCCUAAUUUUGCAUGGCGAUCACAUGUCUCAACAUAUAUCAGAUAUUUUUUAGAAGAGAAAUGUUGAAAAAUGGCCCAAUCUAAAAUAUAAUGUAAUUUAAUUUAUAAUGGUAAGUGUUUAAAGCCCAUUUGAGUUGUCAUUUUUUUUUACAUUUUUAUCAAAUUAAUGACAACAACAGGAUUGACGUCAUGGUAACAGGGCUGACAAGAGUAAAAAUAACUGGACACAAAGUAACUGGCUGUCCACCGGCAAUAUCAAUCGAUCAAAAAUAAUUAUUAGCUCAAUAAUGUUCACUUGAUGACCUAAACAUGUUUUAAUUUUAAAAGGUUAACCUUUAAAGAGAGUACAACGAGGGUAAACACUAUUCUAUGUCAUCCCUGUGACUCACAUUUUAAAUCCUGUUACUGUGGAAAGGUAACAGUGUUGACAGUAACAGGGUUGACCAUUUUAAGCUAAUCUGCCUGUGGCUAGCUUAAAUAAGUGCUAGCUAAAGUGCAAGCUGAGUAUUUUGAAAGGUAAUUACUUCUAGAUAAUAAUAAUAUUUUGAGAAAUAGAAAAUGGUUUAGGUUUAUUUGUUAAAAAGUGGUAACAGGGUUGACGUUGUACGCUUGUCCCCCCUGGUUAAACCUUGAAAAAACAUCAAAAAUAGCACAUCAGAGGUGAGAGAAACUUAAUUGUCACUGAGCUGUUAGCAUCCUGGCUCAGAGAGGAUGCAACCUCCUGACAAUCAUGUCAAAUCUGGAAUGUACCAUUAUUUUUUUUAGGGUUUUUUAGUUAGGGUAACAGGGUUGACAUGAAAUCAGGGGAUGCCGAUAAAUUGGUAAAUAUUUAUAAUGACUAAUAUAUAUUAUUACCAAAAACACUGUUUAACAAUAAGAUCAUACUUAAAACAAUAUGUCAAUGUGAAAAUUGUAACAUUUUGCCAACAUUUUACAAAUUUAAAGUCCUGUAUACAUCAGCAUAAAAGUAACUUAUAUUAUUUAAAAUGAUAUUUAAUUGACUUUAAUUUGAUGUUAUAUUAAGGAGAGCAGACAUGGUAAUGUUAUAUUUUUAGAUUACAUGUCAAUUUGUAAGGCACCGAUUUCAUGGAAUGACCCAGGUUUCAGAGUGUUAAUUAACUCUGAUAAAUCAGGAAAAAUUAUCAUUAAAUAUCAAAUAUUAUUGCUGAACUAAAAACGGGGAAACACGUGUCUGAUGUAUUUCAGGCGGUGACCUCUGCGCUGGCUCAGGUGGACAGAGAGAAGAUCUACCAGUGGAUCAACGAGCUAUCGAGUCCAGAGACGAGAGAAAAUGCUCUGCUGGAGCUCAGCAAGAAGAGGGAGUCUGUGCCAGACCUGGCCCCAAUGCUGUGGCACUCCUGUGGGACCAUUGCCGCCUUGCUGCAGGUACGAGCAUCCAGCAAGUCCAACACAUUCAGACUCUGAUACUUAAUCAAUCACAGUGUGUAACAGGGGAUACCCUUAGCUGUUUUUACUGAGGAUAGAGCAGAAACUUUGAGAGAACCAGAGUCAAAAAAGGUAGAGAGAGAGAGCAGGUAUUGAGAGACCUCAGAAGAGAGGAAAUAUUUGGAAGAGUGUGAACUUUACUUUCCAGAGAAUUCAGCUCUUUAUGCUCCGAUCUGACUCUUAAGGUCAUUAUAUUGGUUAAAAUAAGUGCAGAGUUCUUUCAAAAGCUUUGUAACCACAUUUGUGUGUCUUCUGAUGUUUCUGUAAUAGCCACAGAGAGAUGCCGCUGUUGUCUACUGUAGCAGUAGUGAAGACCGUUCCCUUUACUCAUGAUAAUUUUUCUGUUUCAGGAAAUUGUAAACAUCUACCCAUCAAUCAACCCCCCCACACUGACGGCCCAUCAGUCUAACAGAGUGUGUAACGCCCUGGCUCUGCUGCAGUGUGUGGCCUCACAUCCAGAGACCAGGUACAGCUCCUCUAAACACGCUGACUAUAAGAAAACCUCAGCAUGACUCAGCAAAUAAACAUUCAAACCCUGAUUUCUGUCAUCCUCAGGUCGGCGUUCCUGGCUGCACACAUCCCGCUCUUCCUCUACCCGUUUCUACACACUGUCAGCAAAACUCGGCCGUUUGAAUACCUCCGCCUCACCAGCCUGGGAGUCAUAGGUAAGUUAUAAGCUUAUGGUCUGUUCAUUCUUUGGAGUCUGUCAUUUGUUGGUGUCUGAACCCUCUGCUCUGAUUGGUCCAUUCCUGCAGGUGCUUUAGUGAAAACAGAUGAACAGGAGGUGAUUAACUUCCUGUUGACCACAGAGAUCAUCCCUUUGUGCCUUCGUAUCAUGGAGUCCGGCAGCGAGCUCUCUAAAACGGUACUCUCGGAGGAUGUUGUCAUCAUGAUAUUACUGUAAGUGAUGUAAACGUUCCGUGUUUAAAUUCAGUAAUAAAACGAGGUUUGUGGUUCAGGUGGCCACGUUCAUCCUGCAGAAGAUCCUCCUGGACGACACGGGGCUCGCAUACAUCUGUCAGACCUACGAGCGCUUCUCUCACGUGGCCAUGAUCCUGGUGAGUUCAUCUGAUCUGGAUGAUUUCUUUCAGGUGUUUGUGAGCAGAUUUUUCUCCUUCUUUUGUAAACGUGAGAGUCAUUUUUGAAACCGGCUCUUUAGGGUAAAAUGGUCCUCCAGCUGUCCAAAGAGCCAUCGGCCCGACUCCUCAAACACGUGGUCCGCUGCUACCUUCGCCUGUCAGACAACUCCAGGUACGACACCCACCUGUCAAUCAACCAUCGAACCAUAAAACACUAUCUAUUUACUAUCUAUCUAUCUACAGUGGAUAGAAAAAGUCUACACACCCCUGUUCAACUGCCAGGUUUUAGUGAUGUAAGAAAAUAAUAGCAAGAUAAAUAAUUUUACAACUUUUCCCACCUUUAAUGUGACCUAUAACCUGUACAAUGCAGUUGAAAAACAAACUGAAACCUUGAAGGGGAAAAAAAUCUUUUUGGGUAGGAGUCUAUCAGCGUGACACAUCUUGAUGUUGAAAUAUUUGCCCACUCUUCUUUGCAAAACUGCUCCAAAUCUGACAGAUUGCGAGGGCAUCUCCUGUGCACAGCCCUCUUCAGAUCACCCCGUAAAUGUUCGAUGGGAUUCAGGUCUGGACUCUGACUGGGCCAUUCCAAAGUCUCAAUCUUAUUCCGGUGAAGCCGUUCUUUUGUUGGUUUAGAUGUGUGCUUCGGGUCAUUGUCGUGCUGAAAGAUGAAGUUCCUCUUCAUCUUCAGCUUUCUAACAGAAGGCUGAAGGUUUUGUGUCAACACUGACUGGUAUUUGGAACUGUUCAUAAUUCCCUCCACCCUGACUAAGGCACCAGUUCCAGCUAAAGAAAAACAGCCCCAAAGCAUGAUGCUGCCACCACCAUGCUUCACUGUGGGUAUGGUGUUCUUUUGGUGAUGAGCAGUGUUGAUUUUGCGCCAAAUAUACCUUCUGCAAUGAUGCCCAAAAAGUUCAACUUUGGUUUCAUCAGACCAUAACACAUUUUCCCACGUGUUUGGGAGAUUUCAGAUGUCUUUUUGCAAAAAACUUGCAAAAGUUUUUCUUAGUAAUAUAAGGCUUCCGUCUUGCCACCCUACUCCAUAGCCCAGACAUAUGAAGACAGCAGGAGAUUGUUGUCUCAUGUACUACACAGCCAGUACUUGCCAGAAAUUCCUGCAGCUCCUUCAGUGUUGCUGUCGGCCUCUUGGUAGCCUCCCUGACCAGUUUUCUUCUUGUCUUAUCAUCAAUUUUGGACGGACGUGCUGUUCUUGGUAAUGUCACCAUUAGGCAUGUGCCUAUAUGAAAAAUUUGAUAUCACGAUAUUGGUGGCCCAAAAUAUCACGAUUCACGAUAUUAUCACGAUAUUAGCGCAUUGCUUUUAACGUUAUUAAAAAUGGCAAAAAAAAUGCGAAAUCACUUCGCUGUGCACAUCUAUCUAUCUAUCUAUCUGAUUUACCACAUUUAUAUGUCCUUCUUUUUUGUUCAGGGCCCGUGAAGCUCUGCGUCAGUGCCUUCCUGACCAGUUGAAAGACACCACCUUCGCUGCCGUGCUGAAGGAUGACACCACCACCAAACGCUGGCUGGCCCAGCUGGUGAAGAACCUGCAGGAGGGUCAGGUGACCGACCCACGGGGCAUCCCCCUCCCCACACAGUGA